GGACACAUGGAUGCUGAUGCUGAAGCUGGUGAUGGACACGGGGAUGCUGAUGAUGACGGCGGACACACGGACGCCGAUGAUGAUGACGGCGGGCCAGGCCCGGGGGUUCCCCGCUCCCCCCGCGCCUCUCGGUGCCUCCGGAGCGCCCCCCCGCGGCGCGCGCGGGGGGGGCGGGGGCCGGGCCGGCCGGGCGGGGGGAGCGCCGGGAGCGCACCAAGAUGGCGACACCCGCAGUCCCUCCCGCAGCUCCCCCCGCGCCGCAGUCCGGCAGCGCCGCGCCGGGGCCGCGCUGAGCCCGCCCGACACGAGCUGACCUGCCCGGGGUGCAACAUCUCUAAAGAAGCUGCUGCAGGAUGAAAAGAUGGCAGCGCGGCUGCUCGCACCACCAGGCCCCGAGAGUUUUAAACCCUUCACUCCGGAGUCGCUGGCCAACAUCGAGAAACACAUCGCGGAGCUGAAGAAGAAGCAGCGCUCCAAGCAGGACAGCAGCCACCGGGACGACGAUGAAGACAGCAAACCAAAACCAAACAGUGACCUUGAGGCGGGCAAGAAUUUGCCUUUCAUCUACGGGGACAUCCCUAAAGGGCUGGUUGCUGUGCCACUGGAGGACUUUGACCCUUAUUAUAUGACCCAGAAAACCUUUGUAGUACUAAACAGAGGGAAAACACUCUUCCGAUUUAGUGCCACACCUGCCUUGUACAUUUUAAGUCCUUUUAAUCUGUUUAGAAGAAUAGCUAUUAAAAUUUUGAUACAUUCAGUGUUCAGCAUGAUCAUCAUGUGCACCAUCCUGACCAACUGCGUGUUCAUGACCUUCAGCAACCCGCCCGAGUGGUCCAAGAACGUCGAGUACACGUUCACCGGGAUUUACACGUUCGAAUCGCUGGUGAAAAUCAUCGCCAGAGGUUUCUGUAUAGAUGGCUUCACCUUCCUGAGGGAUCCCUGGAACUGGCUGGAUUUCAGUGUCAUCAUGAUGGCAUAUGUCACAGAGUUUGUGGACCUUGGGAAUGUCUCAGCAUUGAGAACUUUCAGAGUUCUCCGAGCUUUGAAAACUAUCUCUGUAAUUCCAGGCUUGAAGACCAUCGUGGGUGCCCUGAUCCAGUCCGUGAAGAAGCUGUCGGAUGUGAUGAUCCUGACGGUUUUCUGUCUCAGUGUCUUUGCCCUCAUUGGGCUCCAGCUGUUCAUGGGCAAUUUAAGGAACAAGUGUGUGAUUUGGCCAAUUAAUGUGAACGAGACCUUCCUGGAUAAUGGCUCCAGGGGCUUUGACUGGGAGGAAUACACCAACAAUAUGUCAAAUUUUUACAUCAUUCCUGGCGCCCCCGACCCUUUGCUCUGUGGUAACAGCUCAGAUGCAGGCCAAUGUCCAGAGGGGUACACGUGCAUGAAGGCAGGACGGAACCCCAACUACGGCUACACGAGCUUUGACACCUUCAGCUGGGCUUUCCUGGCUUUGUUUCGCCUUAUGACUCAGGACUUUUGGGAAAACUUGUAUCAAUUAACUUUACGAGCGGCAGGAAAAACCUACAUGAUCUUCUUUGUGCUGGUGAUCUUUGUGGGAUCCUUCUACCUGGUGAAUCUGAUUUUGGCUGUGGUGGCCAUGGCCUACGAGGAGCAGAACCAGGCCACCCUGGAGGAGGCAGAGCAGAAGGAGGCAGAAUUCAAGGCCAUGUUGGAACAGUUGAAAAAGCAGCAGGAGGAAGCACAGGCUGCUGCCAUGGUCACCUCGGCAGGGACGGUGUCUGAAGAUGCUGUGGAGGAUGAUGGUGGGGGGAGGAUGUCUCGGAGCUCCUCGGAGAUUUCCAAGCUCAGUUCCAAGAGUGCCAAGGAGCGUCGGAACAGGAGGAAGAAGCGGAAGGACAAGGAGCUGUCGGAAGGAGAUGAGAAGUGUGACAAUGAGAAGGUGUUCAAGUCGGAAUCCGAGGAUGGCAUGAGGAGGAAGGCGUUCAGGCUGCCAGAUAACAGGCUGGGAAGGAAGUUUUCCAUCAUGAACCAGUCUCUCCUCAGCAUCCCGGGCUCCCCUUUCCUCUCCCGCCACAACAGCAAGAGCAGCAUCUUCAGCUACAAGGGGCGCUUCCGCGACCCGGGCUCGGAGAACGAGUUCGCCGACGACGAGCACAGCACGGUGGAGGAGAGCGAGGGCAGGAGGGACUCGCUCUUCAUCCCCAUCCGCGGCCGCGACCGGCGCAGCAGCUACAGCGGCUACAGCGGCUACAGCCAGGGCAGCCGCUCCUCGCGCAUCUUCCCCACGCUGCGCCGCAGCAUCAAGAGGAACAGCACCGUGGACUGCAACGGCGUCGUGUCGCUCAUCGGAGGGCCGCCCUCCAGCAUGCCUGGGGGCCGCAUCCUGCCCGAGGGUACCACUGAAAUCGAAAUUAGGAAGAAGCCUGGUGGGUCUCUCUUGGUCUCAAUGGAUCAGGUGAACGCGUCCUAUGGAAGGAAGGAUCGGACCAACAGUGUCAUGACUGGGUUGACCAACACCCUUGUUGAGGAGCUGGAAGAGUCCCAGAGGAAGUGUCCCCCUUGCUGGUACAAAUUUGCCAAUACCUUCCUGAUCUGGGAAUGCCACCCCUACUGGAUGAAGCUGAAGGAGAUUGUGAACUUAAUUGUCAUGGAUCCUUUUGUUGACUUGGCCAUCACCAUCUGCAUCGUGCUGAACACGUUGUUCAUGGCCAUGGAGCACCACCCCAUGACCCCCGAGUUCGAGCACGUGCUCUCUGUAGGAAAUCUGGUUUUCACUGGGAUUUUCACAGCAGAAAUGUUCCUGAAGCUCAUUGCAAUGGAUCCAUACUAUUAUUUUCAAGAAGGCUGGAACAUCUUUGAUGGGUUUAUUGUCUCCCUGAGUUUAAUGGAGCUGAGUCUGGCAGAUGUGGAGGGACUUUCCGUGCUGCGAUCUUUCCGAUUGCUGAGAGUCUUCAAACUGGCCAAGUCCUGGCCCACUCUGAACAUGCUGAUAAAAAUCAUUGGUAACUCAGUGGGUGCCUUGGGGAAUUUGACCUUGGUGCUGGCCAUCAUUGUGUUCAUCUUCGCCGUGGUGGGAAUGCAGCUCUUUGGCAAGAGCUACAAGGAGUGUGUCUGCAAGAUCAAUCCGGAGUGUGAGCUACCCCGCUGGCACAUGCACGAUUUCUUCCACUCCUUCCUUAUUGUCUUCCGUGUGUUGUGUGGGGAGUGGAUUGAGACCAUGUGGGAUUGUAUGGAAGUGGCAGGACAGGCCAUGUGCUUGAUUGUCUUCAUGAUGGUCAUGGUCAUCGGAAAUUUAGUGGUGCUGAACCUGUUCUUGGCCUUGCUGCUGAGCUCCUUCAGCGCAGACAACCUGGCGGCCACGGACGACGACGGGGAGAUGAACAACCUGCAGAUCUCGGUGAUACGCAUCAAGAAGGGCAUUGCCUGGACCAAGGCCAAGGUCAGGGAGUUCAUGCAGGCCCACUUCAAGCAGAGAGAGGCCGACGAGGUGAAACCCUUGGACGAGCUCUACGACAAGAAGGUGAACUGCAUCGCCAACCACACCGGGGCCGACAUCAACCGCGACAUCGAUUUCCUCAAGAACGGCAACGGCACCACCAGCGGCAUCGGGAGCAGCGUGGAGAAAUACAUCAUCGACGAGGACCACAUGUCCUUCAUCAACAACCCCAACCUCACCGUGCGCGUGCCCAUCGCCGUCGGGGAGUCCGACUUCGAGAACCUCAACACGGAGGAUUUCAGCAGCGACACGGAUCCUGAUGGCAGCAAAGAGAAACUCGACGAGACCAGCUCCUCUGAGGGCAGCACCAUCGAUAUAAAGCCUGAGGUGGAGGAGGUGCCCGUGGAGGCACCGGAGGAGUACCUGGACCCCGACGCCUGUUUCACUGAAGGCUGUAUGCAGCGCUGCAAGUGUUGUCAGGUCAAUAUUGAGGAGGGGCUGGGAAAGUCGUGGUGGACCUUGAGGAAAACUUGUUUCCUAAUUGUGGAGCACAAUUGGUUUGAGACUUUCAUCAUCUUUAUGAUCCUCCUGAGCAGUGGGGCUCUGGCUUUUGAGGAUAUUUACAUUGAGCAGAGGAAGACCAUCAGGACCAUCCUGGAGUACGCAGACAAGGUCUUCACCUACAUUUUCAUCCUGGAGAUGCUGCUGAAGUGGUGUGCCUAUGGAUUUGUCAAGUUCUUCACCAACGCCUGGUGCUGGCUGGAUUUCCUCAUCGUGGCUGUCUCUUUAGUCAGCCUUAUAGCUAAUGCCCUGGGCUACUCGGAACUAGGUGCCAUAAAAUCCCUUAGGACACUAAGAGCCUUGAGGCCUUUAAGAGCGUUGUCCCGAUUUGAGGGGAUGAGGGUGGUUGUCAAUGCCUUGGUUGGCGCUAUCCCUUCCAUUAUGAAUGUCUUGUUGGUCUGCCUUAUCUUCUGGCUGAUUUUCAGCAUUAUGGGGGUUAACCUGUUUGCCGGGAAAUAUCAUUACUGCUUUAAUGAAACAGCUGAGCAUCGCUUUGAGAUAGAUGUUGUUAACAACAAGACGGACUGCGAGGCUCUGAUGCCACCCAACUCCACGGAGAUCCGGUGGAAGAAUGUGAAAAUUAACUUUGACAACGUUGGGGCAGGAUAUCUGGCUCUGCUGCAAGUUGCUACAUUCAAGGGCUGGAUGGACAUCAUGUAUGCAGCUGUAGAUUCCAGAAAGCAAGAAGAGCAGCCCAAGUACGAGGACAACAUUUACAUGUACAUUUAUUUUGUUAUCUUCAUCAUCUUUGGCUCCUUUUUCACCCUGAACUUGUUCAUUGGUGUCAUCAUCGACAACUUCAAUCAACAAAAGAAAAAGUUUGGAGGUCAAGAUAUUUUCAUGACAGAAGAACAAAAGAAGUACUACAAUGCCAUGAAAAAACUGGGCUCAAAGAAGCCUCAAAAACCCAUUCCCCGACCUCUGAACCGCAUCCAAGGAGCCGUCUUCGACUUCGUCACGCAGCAAGCCUUCGACAUCGUCAUCAUGAUGCUCAUCUGCCUCAACAUGGUGACCAUGAUGGUGGAGACAGACACUCAGAGCAAGCAGAUGGAGGACAUCCUCUACUGGAUCAACUUUGUGUUUGUCAUCUUUUUCACCUGUGAGUGCGUGCUGAAGAUGUUUGCCUUGAGGCACUACUAUUUCACCAUCGGGUGGAACAUCUUUGACUUCGUGGUUGUGAUUCUGUCCAUCGUGGGGAUGUUCCUGGCUGAAAUCAUCGAGAAGUACUUCGUGUCGCCCACCCUGUUCCGAGUCAUCCGCCUGGCUCGCAUCGGCCGCAUCCUGCGCUUGAUCAAGGGAGCCAAGGGGAUCCGCACGCUGCUCUUUGCCUUAAUGAUGUCCCUGCCUGCCUUGUUCAACAUCGGCCUCCUGCUCUUCCUGGUCAUGUUCAUCUUCUCCAUCUUCGGCAUGUCCAACUUCGCCUACGUCAAGCACGAGGCGGGCAUAGACGACAUGUUCAACUUCGAGACCUUUGGCAACAGCAUGAUCUGCUUGUUCCAGAUCACCACGUCGGCCGGCUGGGACGGGCUCCUGCUGCCCAUCCUCAACCGGCCCCCAGACUGCGACCUGGACAAGGAGCACCCGGGCAGCGGCUUCAAGGGGGAUUGCGGCAACCCCUCGGUGGGGAUAUUUUUCUUCGUCAGCUACAUCAUCAUCUCCUUCCUGAUCGUGGUCAACAUGUACAUCGCCAUCAUCCUGGAGAACUUCAGCGUGGCGACGGAGGAGAGCGCGGACCCGCUCAGCGAGGACGACUUCGAGACCUUCUACGAGAUCUGGGAGAAGUUCGACCCCGACGCCACGCAGUUCAUCGAGUACAGCAAGCUGGCGGACUUCGCCGACGCCCUGGAGCAUCCCCUGCGCGUCCCGAAGCCAAACACCAUCGAACUCAUCGCCAUGGACCUGCCUAUGAUUUUUGCAGAUUUUUUGCAUGAUGGCAUGACCAGGGACCAUGCAUGAGGAACCACAAGCAGGGGACACGCGCUCACCUGGCCACAGAGGUGUGUAAAGCCAUAAAUUUGAGGCACUCCACUGAGUAUCUACUGUAUUUUGGAGAGAAACCUUAGUGAUGCUCCUGCCCGGCACCAGUACUCCCAGUUCACAGAGAAUCUUCCAUAAACCUGCCAGUAGAAUUUAAAAAAAAAAAACCCAGCAAAACCUCAGUGUAACUCUAAAAACCACCAAAAAAAACCCCCAACAGAACAAGCAGGUGAAUGAAUUGUGUGUGUCUGUUGAACAACUUUCUUUUCCAUACAGCCAUGGGUUUUUUUUUUUUGCACAUUGAAACAGAACAAAAGUCCAAAAUGCUGCUCUGGACCUCACCAAAAGGGAGAGGAUAAAUCUGGGAAUGGCUUGUUAUCCAUGUCACUGUAAAUCCAAAAGCUAGGGCUUCAACCAGCCAGCAAGGUCAGUUGUAUCCUGCAAUAUUUAGCAUUAAUAUUAAUUGUCCUUCAGCCUCCGUCCUGCGGCGCAGACACUUCUUUUGGUAGAGAUAAAAAAUGUUAGAAAAAGGAAAAGCAGCACGUUACCUCUGCUGGUGGGAAUUUGGGGAGCUCGCCCACAGCAGUCCUGGGGUGGAGGGUGGGGUUGGGAGUCACCUUUGGGGUCAGGACCCACCCUGGGGUCAGGGCUCACCUUUGGGGUCGGAGCUCACCUUUGGGGUCAGGACUUGACUCACCUUUGGGGUCAGGACCCACCCUGGGGUCAGGACCUGACUCACCUGUGGGGUUAGGGCUCACCUUUGGGGUCAGGACCCACCUUUGGGGUCAGGACCCACCCUGGGGUCAGGACUCACCUUUGGGGUCAGGACCCACCCUGGGGUCAGGACCUGACUCACCUGUGGGGUCAGGGCUCACCUUUGGGGUCAGGACCCACCCUGGGGUCAGGACUCACCUUUGGGGUCAGGACCCACCUUUGGGGUCAGGACUUGACUCACCUUUG